GUGACAUCAUCCGGACGCGGAAGUUGACUGUGAAAGUGACAAUCUUCAGUUGUGUCUGGUUGUGCUCUGUGUGCUCCGCUUGCCAAUGGAUAUUUCCCAACAAGAGAGGACAUAUGAGACAUCAAUGGCUGACAAAUCUACUCCAAGUAGUCUUGCAAGAUACCUCGAUGGUGAAUUUUGGGAAACCAAAGAUCAUAUUCGUGAAGAAAUAUCCCAAGGCGAGCCCUUUCGAACUAGUAGUUAUGGUCUCACGUUGGACCAGAAUAGAGAUUUGACGGUGGAGAGACUGGAGUAUGUCUUAACGAGGCCACUAAUGCGACAUCACCUCAAAGAUCAGAUGGAAGAGAAACAACCAGGCUUCAUAGCCAAGAGCUUGGGUAUCACGGAACUGAUAUGCUCUGCAGAUAUGUCCACUGGAGUAAAGUUGGGUGUUGUCUGUGGCUUGUUUGGUGGUGCAGUCACAAACCUUGGAAGCCCUGGUCAGAAGAAAAAAUGGUAUCUCCCGGUUACGGAUUCGGAGUUCACCGGGAUGUUUGCCAUGACAGAGAGGGGUCAUGGGAGUAACGUCCGGGGAAUCCUUACAGAGGCCUGCUACGAGCCAUCUACACAGGAGUUCAUCAUCCACACACCGUGUGAGGAUGCCCAGAAGAUGUACAUCGGAAACUCCAUGAAGGGGAAUUACGCCUCUGUGUUCGCUCAGCUCAUCAUCAAUGGAGAUUCCCAAGGUCCUCACUGUUUUAUUGUUCCAAUCCGAGACCGACAUGGAGUCAUGAAUCCUGGAGUGACAGCCAUUGACAUGAAGCACAAAGAAGGCUUACACGGGGUUGACAAUGGCAUCUUGAUAUUCGACAAUGUGAGGAUACCGAGGACGAACCUGCUCAGCAAGUUUGGCUGUGUGUCAGCAGAUGGGCUGUACUCUUCUCCUGUCCAGAACAAGAACAAACGUUUUAACGCCAUGUUGGCUGCUCUCACCCCUACCAGGCUGGGGCUCACUGUCCAGGCCAUAGCUGCCAUGAAGUUGGGCCUCAUCAUUGCAGUGCGUUACAGCCACAGUCGGCGUCAGUUUGGGCCUAAGGACCAGCAGGAGGUGAAGAUCAUUGAGCACCAGACCCAGUACCUCAGACUGAUGCCUCACCUGGCUGCAGCUCUGGCUCUCACCUUCACCACCAGGUUUGCAGCAUGUACGAUGGACCAUGCUCUGUGCAAAGGAGAGGUUCUGCAGAACAAUAGUUCUCUCCAGGCUCUGGUUGCUGGACUCAAAGCCUAUAGUACCUGGGAGAACCUCGCCUGCCUUCAAGAGUGCCGCGAGUGUACCGGGGGCAUGGGUUUUAUGAUGGAGAACCGAAUCCCUGCUCUGAAGUGUGACUCUGAUGUCUUUGUCACAUUUGAAGGGGACAACGUCGUCAUGUUACAGGUGGUGGUAAAGGAGCUCAUGACCCAGUUCACCAGGCAGCUGGGAAACAGUGUGGUGGGCGGACUCAUCAAAACCUGGACGAGCUCAGUGUCUGACAGGCUCAGAACCAGUUUCCUUGGGUUCAAUGUAGAUACGGUGGGGGACCUGAGUUUCCUGCUGAAAGCAGUGUCCUAUAGGGAGAGGGUUCUACAGCGCAGCCUAGCAACCAGACUCUACAACAAGGUAGAGAAGAAAAGAGAGGAGUUUUUUGAUGCCUGGAACUCCUGUCUUCAUCAUGUGACCAGCCUGGCCUUAGCACACAUACACAGAGUAACUCUGGAGCAGUUUGCUCUGGCCGUUCAAGAGUGCCCAGUCGAAGAAGACCACACCUUGCUAACGAAGUUCUGCCUCCUCCAUGGCACCAGUCUGGUGUACCAGGAGAGAGCCUGGUAUCUAGAGCAUCACUACCUGACCCCCGCUACCAGCCGACAGAUACGCACCCAGCUGUUGGAGCUGUGUAGAUUGGUGAAGGAUGAGGCCCUGAAGGUGGUGUCUGACUUCAACGUUCCCUCCUGCUGCAUCCAGGCGCCAAUUGCUGGGGUGGCCAACCCCCGGGCUGAGUGGGCCUUCUACUCUGCACCGGAGCACCCCAUCAGAGCCUCCAAGUUAUGAGCCCCACUGUGCUGAUCUAGGAUUUGUCCAUAUAAUAUUGUUCAUCAUGAUCUAAAGGGCUAAACUGAUCCUAGAUCAGCACUCCUACUCUGAGACACUUUGUGGAUACGGGCCUUGCUCACUGCUUGACUCAUCCUGGUCUCAGUGAAGAGCCAUGGGCUAUGUUACAAUGUCCAUAUUAGCAUACCACUUAGAAUAAAGCAACUUAUUUGGCAUGCAUGCAUUCUAAGUGACGUAGUGUGGAUAUUAGAACAGAGCCCAUGAUAUUUUGCCUAAUCUGGACAAGGUCUGAAGACUACAGACCCAGUUGUUGUCUAGACUAGUGCCAUUAGCCGCAGGCAUAAUACACGGGACAGUCUCAUUUUGAUUAAUUUCUAUUUAAAUCUCUUAUCAGUUCUCAAAGAAAUGUUGAAAUGCUUCAUGUUUGUUAUACUGUCAAGUCAUUGGGUUUUAUUUGAUAUGUGUGCAUUUGGGAGCUUUUGUAGUUUACUUGGUCCAAUCCAUUACAUACAGUGGAUGCCUUUGUGGCUCAGAAUAGCUUGACACAAUCAGUGUUGCUUAUUGAAAAUGUGCUAAUUUUGUUUGUACAAAAAAAAAGCUUUGAAAUUAAAUGUAUUCAUGACACUAGUGAGACACAACUACAUUUUAACAACUCUAUUUACCUUAAUAUUUAAAGACAGACUAAUGUAAUGUACCAUUUGAUACUUGUUUCCCUUACUUGCUGAGACCUAGCCUGAGACCAGACCGUAGGUGUAUGGGAGCAGACUGACUCAAUGGACAGGUAGGCUGCAAUGCUAUAAACAUGUGGUAACUUCACAAAGUGGACCAGUGAGCUAUGUGUAAUCACCCACCCAACCAAUAAAAUCCACAGCGUAUAUAGAGAUACACUUUGACUGUGAAUCUCUCUGCCAGACACUUUCCCUCACCAACACCGGCUAGACCGUGAUGGCCAGCUGUUUGAUUCAACAACAUACAAAAAUGGAAAUUACACAAGAUAUGUUUAUAAUAUAUUUUAUUAAUAUGAGCACAGUGAGCAAAUGGUUUGUGACACAAUACAUGUGGGAAGUGUAGGCUACUUUAUAUCCUUCAAUUUUCUGAUCAGUUGUCUGUAUAACAUGUAGGCCUGUAAUGUUGAUCGACUCUUGAUGAACAAACAUUGUUUGCUCUGUAGGUUACUUGUGCUUGCAUAUACAUUAAAACUGUUCCAUGACAAAGUGUCAUCAGUUUUCUACUGUAUCUUUGUCAUAUCUGAAAAUCAAUUGUCACUGCUCUUAAUAAAUGUACUUAAUAGGAAUAAAUGUGCUGUAUAGUG